GACGCACUCCAUCUUCAACCUCCGCCAUCUUUCCACUCUCUGCUCAUUUCGACACUCCACUCGGCUCCUACUUACGGCUGCAUAGAGCGAGAUGAGGCUGUGGUUCGGUGCUGCAUUGCUGCUGGUGGUGCUGGCUCGGGCGGUGAGCGGUUGUCCGGCGUCCGACAGGGAAGCUCUCCUGGCCUUCAAAGCGUCGCUGAGCGAGCCUUACCUGGGCAUCUUCAACUCGUGGACCGGCACCGACUGCUGCAGCAACUGGUACGGCAUCAGCUGCGACCCCACCGUCGCCCGCGUCGCCGACAUCAACCUCCGCGGCGAGUCCGAGGACCCCAUCUUCGAGAAGGCCGGCCGCUCCGGCUACAUGACCGGCACCAUCAACCCCUCCAUCUGCCGCCUCGACCGCCUCACCAACCUCAUCCUCGCCGACUGGAAGGGCAUCUCCGGCGAGAUCCCCGCCUGCAUCACCUCCCUCUCCUCCCUCCGCGUCGUCGACCUGGUCGGCAACAAGAUCUCCGGCCGCAUCCCCCCGGCGAUCGGAGACCUCCGCCGCGUCACGGUCCUCAACCUGGCGGACAACCAGAUCUCCGGGGAGAUCCCGGCGUCGAUCGUCCAGAUGUCGAGCCUCAUGCACGUGGACCUCAGGAACAACAGGAUCUCAGGCGUGAUCCCUGCGGACUUCGGGAAGCUGACGAUGCUGAGCCGGGCGCUGCUGGGCCGGAACCAGCUGAAUGGGACGAUCCCGAGCUCGAUAGCCACCAUGUACAGGCUGGCGGACCUGGACCUGUCGAUGAACCAUAUCAACGGUUGGGUCCCGGAGGAGCUGGGCAAAAUGCGGGUGCUGUCGACGCUGACCCUGGACAGUAACUGGCUGUCGGGCAAGUUGCCGGCGAGCCUGUUGAGCGACGCGGGCAUGGGAAUACUGAACCUCAGCCGGAACUGGAUCGAGGGGGAGAUUCCGGACGUGUUCGGGUCGAACUCGUAUUUCAUGGCGCUGGACUUGUCGCACAACAAUCUGAAAGGCAAGAUACCGGGAUCGCUGUCGUCGGCCAAGUACAUCGGCCACUUGGACCUGAGUCACAACCACCUGUGCGGGCCCAUCCCCAUUGGCGAGCCGUUCGAGCACCUCGAAGCGUCGUCGUUUGCCAACAACGACUGUCUGUGCGGGAAUCCCUUGAGGACUUGUUAAUCCCAUACUCUGUUUUUUUUUUUUUUUUUACAUGGGUGUGGUCGUCCGAGUUUCAGGACAUGUCAAGAGCAGGUCGACGAGCUUAACGUGUGUAAUAUUAUUGUUUAAUGGGAAUCCUAAGGUUGUGAUAUAAGAAAAGGAUCUAUGUUGGAUGGGGAAA